AUGGAUGUCACUCAAGUGUUGGCAAACACAAUCUCCUCAGAUGCUAACACACGCUCCAACGCUGAGCAACAGUUGCUCCACGCGGCCGAGGUUGACUUUGCUGGUUAUCUCGUCACCUUAGGCCAGGAACUCGCGAAUGAAAACUCCGCUUCCCACAUUAGAACCGCCGCCGGUCUUGCUCUGAAGAACGCUUUUACUUUUAGAGAUCGAGAGAGGCUUAACGAGGUUCAACAAAAAUGGCGCCAGCAAAUUACCCCAGAUAUUAAGGCGCAGGUCAAGGAACUUGCGCUUAAGACGCUCGCCUCCAAGGAUGGGCGCGCCGGUCAGUCUGCGGCUCAGUUUAUUGUUUCUAUUGCCGCUAUCGAGCUGCCCCAGAAUGAAUGGCCGGAUUUGAUGCAGAUCCUCGUUCAGAAUGUAGCGAGCGGAUCCGACCAGAUGAAACAGGCUUCCCUCGUCACCAUUGGUUUUAUUUGUGAAUCUCAGGAAAUGGAGCUCCGCGAGAGCUUGGCUGCGCACUCCAAUGCUAUCCUUACUGCUGUCGUUCAGGGCGCCCGCCGCGAGGAGCAGAACAUGGACAUUCGAUUCGCCGCCAUAAAGGCCCUCAGUGACUCUGUGGACUUUGUGCGGUCGAACAUGGAAAAUGAGGGUGAGCGGAAUUAUAUCAUGCAGGUCGUCUGUGAGGCUACACAGGCGGAGGACCUUCGUGUUCAGGCUGGCGCUUUCGGUUGUCUGAACCGUAUCAUGGGUGCUUACUACGAUAAGAUGAGUUUCUACAUGGAGAAAGCUCUGUUUGGUCUGAGCAUUAUGGGAAUGAAGAGCGAAGAGGAAGAUGUAGCCAAGCUUGCUAUUGAAUUCUGGUGUACCGUUUGCGAGGAAGAGAUAGCUAUCGAAGAUGAUAACGCCGCGGCCCAAGCUGAGGGUUUGACUGAUGUCCGCCCAAUGUACGGUUUCGCGCGCAUCGCUUGCCGUGAAGUUGUCCCGGUUCUGUUGCAGGCUAUGUGCAAACAGGACGAAGAUGCAGGUGAUGACGAGUACAACAUCUCUCGCGCUGCUUACCAGGCUCUGCAGCUGUACGCCCAGUGCGUACAGGCCGACGUCAUCCAGCCCGUGCUUGCUUUUGUCGAGGAGAACAUCCGAAGCGAAGACUGGCGCCGCAGGGACGCUGCCGUGGCUGCGUUUGGUGCCAUAAUGGACGGUCCGGACCCCAAGGUCCUCGAGCCCCUGGUCAAGCAGGCCUUGCACGUACUGGUUAGCAUGAUGGAAGACAGCUCCAUCCAGGUCCGCGACUCCGCUGCUUACGCGCUCGGCCGUGUCUGCGACUUCUGCUCUGAGACCCUUGACCCUGACGUGCACCUCCAACCCCUUAUCUCUUGCCUUUUCAACGGCCUUGCAAGCUCCCCGAAGAUUGCCAGCUCAUGCUGCUGGGCGUUGAUGAACGUGGCCGACCGUUUUGCUGGUGAUGUCGGCGCGCAGACCAACCCAAUUUCAAAAUACUUCGAGGAGAGCGUCAAGUCGCUCCUUGCCCUCACAGAAAGAUCAGACGCAGAUAAUCAGCUUCGGACCGCUGGCUAUGAAGUCCUCAACUCUUUCGUUACCAAUGCUGCCAACGACAGCCUUCCCACUGUUGCUCACCUAUCCGACGUCGUCCUCCAGCGUCUGGAGCGUACUAUUCCUAUGCAGCAACAGGUCGUCAGCGUCGAGGACCGCAUCAUGCUCGAGGAAAUGCAGACCGGAAUCACAAGCGUUGUCCUGGCUAUUGUUCAACGCCUCGAGGCUGAAAUCAAGCCGCAGGCCGACCGUAUUAUGCAAAUCCUGCUCCAAGUCCUUUCUACUGUUCCUCCGAAGUCCAGCGUGCCUGACGUUGUGUUCGCCACUGUUGGUGCCAUUGCUAAUGCCUUGGAGGAGGAGUUUGUUAAGUACAUGGAGUCUUUUAGCCCGUUCCUCAACGGUGCCCUUGGCAACCAGGAAGAGCCCGGCCUUUGCGCCAUGGCCAUCGGGCUGGUCAGUGAUAUCUCUCGUGCGUUGAAUGAGAAGGUUUUGCCUUACUGCGACACUUUCAUGAACCACCUGAUGAACAACUUGAGCAGCGCCACCAACCAGCUCAAGCCAGCUAUUCUCGAAACUUUUGGGGACAUUGCCCAGGCAAUUGGAGAGCACUUUGAUAAGUACUUGACCGUUGUCGGUCAGGUUCUGAAGCAGGCCUCCCUGGUCACCGCCAGCAACGAUGUUACUAUCGAGAUGCUGGAUUACAUUAUCUCCCUUCGUGAGGGUAUCAUGGAUGCCUGGGGUGGUAUUCUCCUUGCGUACAAGGGCAAGCCGCAGGCACAAGCUCUGAAAGAAUUCAUUGACCCAAUCUUUGAGCUUCUCCGCCUCAUCUCUCAGGAUCCCGCUUCUCGCAGUGAGGGUCUGAUGCGGGCAUCCAUGGGUGUCCUUGGUGACCUUGCUGAGACAUACCCGGAUGGUUCCAUCUCCGCCUACUUCCGCAACGAGUGGGUCACCAGUCUGGUGAGGGAGACCCGGACCAACCGUGAAUAUGGUCAACGCACCAUUGAUACUGCUCGCUGGGCUCGUGAGCAGGUUAAGAACCAGAUCAACAUGCAGGGUGGUGGAAUGUCAUAA